AUGGACGAGAAUGGAUCUCUCUAUGUCACUGACAAUCAAAAACCUGAAGUGAGACGAUAUCGAAGAGGAGAAUCUCAAGAAACAGUGGUUGCAGGUGGCAAUGGAAGUGGAAAUCGUCUCGAUCAAUUCUUAUACCCACCCUAUGUAUUCGUCGAUCAAAAUCAUUCAGUGUACGUGUCUGAUUGUGGAAAUCAUCGUGUGAUGAAAUGGGUGGAAGGUGCAAAACAAGGCAUUGUCGUGGCUGGUGGUCAAGGACAAGGAAAUGGUCUUACACAAUUGGCUUGUCCUGAAGGAGUCGUUGUCGAUCAAUUGGGCACUGUCUAUGUGGCUGAUGAAGCGAAUGAUCGAAUCAUGCGUUGGCCCAAAGGAGCCACAGAGGGAAGUGUCAUUGUUGGUGGACAUGCUACAACAAUCAAUAAUAAGGAAAAAUUAUCUAGUUUAAAAUGUUUUUCGCUUCAUUGUGAUAGCACUACAGAUAGUUAUGAAAGAUCAAUUCUACCACUUCUAUAUCGAAUGAUCAAUUUAGAAAAACUUGAUUUACAUCUUAUGAUCCUAUGUAAUGAAGAAUUUGUUGAUAGUAAUGAUUUGAAGAAAAAUAUUAUCAAUCGAAUACCAGGAUUAAAAAAUUUUGUAUUUAACAUACGUUCAAUGAGAUAUUUUUGUAAUGAAAUUCGUUUACCAUUAAAUGAAGAUAUUCAACAUACAUUCAAUAGUCUUCAAAAUAAUCAAAUUAUUUCUUAUGUUAAUUAUUUUCCUGAGGCAGGACACAGUGAAUAUCACAUUUAUUCAUAUCCAUAUAAAUUAAAAUUUUAUAGAAAUAUUACAAAUAAUUUUCCAGGUGGAUUAUUUAAAUAUGUUACUGAAGUGUCACUAUUUGAUGAACAACCUUUUGAACAUGAAUUCUUUCUUCAAAUUCAAAAAUCAUUUCCAUUUAUGAAAGAAUUAACUGUAAUUAAUCAAAAACCACAAAACAAAAAACAAUGUCAAAAUUUCAAAAAUUACGAUCAAAUUUUAUCAAUUAUCAAAUAUCCUCAUCUUACUCUACUUAAUCUAGAUUGUGUUCAUGAUGAUUAUAUUGAACAAUUUUUGUUUGAUACGAAAAUGUGUUUGUCGAAUAAUCUUUAUCUUAUUAUUGAUUAUCAAUCACUAGCAAGAGUGACACACAAUUUUCAAAGAAAUAUAACACGAAUCAAUUGUGCAAAGUUGCGUUAUUUACGUCUGCAUGGUGAAUGUACGAUUCUUAAACAUAUUGAUUCAUAA